AUGGCAGCUGGGAGACGCAGCGCCGGCCUGCGGCUCUGCGCCACAGUUUUUUUACUUGAUAUGGUUUUCUGCAAAGGAUUUGUAGAAGAUUUAGAUGAAUCGUUUAAAGACAAUCGGAAAGAUGACAUUUGGCUUGUAGAUUUUUAUGCACCAUGGUGUGGCCAUUGUAAAAAACUGGAACCGAUUUGGAAUGAAGUUGGUCUUGAGAUGAAAAAUAUUGGUUCUCCAGUUAAAGUUGGAAAGAUGGAUGCUACCUCCUAUUCCAGCAUUGCUUCAGAGUUUGGAGUUCGAGGUUAUCCAACAAUUAAGCUAUUAAAGGGGGACUUGGCAUAUAAUUAUAGAGGACCACGAACUAAAGAUGAUAUUAUUGAGUUUGCUCACAGAGUGUCUGGGGCUCUAAUUCGGCCACUUCCAAGUCAGCAAAUGUUUGAACAUGUGCAAAAGAGACAUCGUGUAUUUUUUGUUUACGUAGGCGGAGAGUCACCUUUGAAGGAGAAAUACAUAGAUGCUGCUUCAGAAUUAAUUGUAUAUACAUACUUCUUUUCUGCCUCAGAAGAAGUGGUUCCUGAGUAUGUGACAUUGAAGGAGAUGCCCGCUGUGCUUGUUUUCAAAGAUGAAACUUACUUUGUUUACGAUGAGUACGAGGAUGGUGAUCUGUCAUCUUGGAUCAACAGGGAGAGGUUUCAGAACUACCUUACUAUGGAUGGCUUCCUCUUGUAUGAACUUGGAGACACUGGAAAGCUUGUGGCUAUUGCAGUUAUUGAUGAGAAAAAUACAUCAAUUGAACAUACCAGAUUAAAGUCAAUAAUUCAGGAAGUUGCUAGAGAUUACAGAGACCAAUUCCACAGGGAUUUUCAAUUUGGCCAUAUGGAUGGAAAUGACUAUAUAAAUACCUUGCUGAUGGAUGAAUUGAAAGUCCCAACUGUGGUUGUACUGAAUACUUCAAACCAACAAUACUUUUUACUAGACAGACAGAUCAAAAAUGCUGAGGACAUGGUGCAGUUCAUUAAUAACAUCUUGGACGGCACAGUAGAGGCCCAAGGAGGUGACAGCAUUUUGCAGAGACUGAAAAGAAUAGUAUUUGAUGCCAAAUCUACUAUUGUGUCUAUCUUCAAGAGCUCUCCGCUUAUGGGCUGCUUUCUCUUUGGCCUUCCGCUGGGUGUCAUCAGUAUCAUGUGCUACGGCAUCUACACAGCUGACACAGACGGAGGCUACAUCGAAGAGCGAUACGAAGUGUCCAGAAGUGAAAGUGAAAGCCAAGAACCAACAGAAGAAAGCAAAGAACAGGAGCCAAGGAGCGGAGAUGCCCUAGUGCCUACAGUGCAAGGACCCAAAGAUGUAUUAGAGAAGAAGAAAGAUUGAGACUUUGCUAGUAUAGAAUAUUUGAUAGGAUUUCAAAUUAUUAAAGAGCCUAUUUAUUGAAUUUAGACAUUUAACCAUGAUCUUUACAAAAGAGAAUAUGUUAUUUGUAUUUUGCUAAUAUCCACUUGCAUGGGUUAAAGUAGUCCUUCAUAAGCAGGGAAAUGUUUGGAGCAAAGAGAGGAUAUGUUUGUCCUGAAAAAAAAUCCAGACGCCCCAUCAGAAUUCACCUUCUAGAUGUUAUAGCAGAUCAGUUCUUUUGCAUGUUUCUCUAUCUGAAUAUUCUGUGACACAAUUAAGAUUCUUGGGCAGAAUAUUUAAAUUGGUCAGUCAGGUAGAAGAUACAUGUUGGAUAAAGAAAAGCAAUACCUUCACCCCGCACCAUUCAUUCUCCUCGUGUUUUAGAUAAGAUUUACAUGGGCAAAAUUAAAUCUUUAAAAUUUAGGCACUUUAAGGAGAACAAACAACUUUUUCCAUGGAUGAAAUUAAGAUUAUGACUUAAAAGUAAUUUGGUUUUAUAUAGCAUAGCAAUUUUAUUUUUAGUUACUACUUUAACGGAGAGGAAAUGUUCCUUUUUAACUUUAUACUCAAGUUACAUUAUGAAAAUUUCAUAUAGAUCUGUACAGUGGGAAAAAUAGUCUUAUGUCUGAUCUUUGCAAAAUGAGUGAAUUUGAUUGGAACACUGAUUUUAAACCACGCCCUGGGACAUGCUUAGCAGGUGUUUCAGUGGUUGCUGUAGGAAGGGGAGGGUCUCUGUUUUAUAUUGGAGUUUCUUGUAAAAAUUCUCUCUGAGAAAAAGCUCCUACUACUUUUUAAAAAGUAAUAUAUAUCAGACUUUUUGUUUAUGUUGACUUUGUGGUAAUUUAUGAUAUGUGUGUAUCUGUGUGUAUAUACACACACGCGCACAAUAUAUUUACGUAAACAUAGAUAAAAUUUAUUGACAUAUGUCUAUUAUGUAAUAUUAUGGGCAUGUGUAUGUUCAUAAUGAGUAAUGAGUGACAUAAUCAGCCUGUCAACAAAUUUAUGACAACCCAGUGACUUAAGAGAUCUGCCAGUUACCUUCUCUGUCCUGUCAGUUCUGACUCCCACUUCAGCCAGUGACCUCUCUUCUCUAUAAGGAUUUAACACAGCAGUUCUAUCCUGAAUAAUGGAUAAAAAUUGGCAUUGUUUUAAGCAACAUUAUGGUGUGUUUAUUACGGAUUAUUUUUUAAGCCCUUCAUUUGAGCUAAGUUUAGGAUUUUUACUAGGUGACCGUUGUUUGGGUGAUGAUUAGAAUGGUUUUUAUUAAAGACUGAAAUGGUUAAUCACUUUAAAAAUAUGCAACUCAUGGUCCUGAUCCAGAAGGUGCUUGGACUUCGGUCCUCAAGGCAGCUGCUGGUUGUCUCUGAUGCCACGCCAGUCACAGCUGACCUGAAACUGGUAUCUGAGUACUGAGAAGUUACUAGCAAUUGUUUUGUUGUACCCAUGUGCUCUUGUAGCAUAUCAUAAUCAAAUGCCAUUAAUUUAACAAGUAGAUUCCUCUCCAGAGAGUAAUGAGGGGUUCUUUCGGAGAAUAAAUGCUAAUGUUCCCAGUGGUCAGGCUUGUUUUGCAGCAGUGAAAAAAACUUCGGUGAGUACAGUGCCUCACUGGAGUCUAAUCCAGUUAAGGAAGGUAAAGCCAGUCUCCACCAGGGACAGUAGAAAAUUACAGAAAAUGUCACGGUUUUCUUUUUCAUGUUUAUCAUUAUCAGAUGUCCAUUGUCUGCACAUCUUUGGCCUUUGUCAGGCAUCACUUACAGAUGAAAGACAUCAGUAGAGAAAGAAAAAAAAGUGAAAGCUCAGCAUGUCUCAAACGGAAGUCCAGCCACCUUGGUGUUCUGAGAGUUGCCUGUCAGUGAGUUAACGUCUUAGUUCUCUGUUACCUUUUUCACAGCUAUGUUGCCCCAAAUUCUGUUCGUGUUUCCAAAGUGUGUCUGUUAGGAAACAAAAUGUGUACAUG